UUUGUGUUUAUCGUGAUAUUUAUUUGGGUAAUGGGAUACGGUGGACACCGCAAAUGUGAUUUGUUAAUAAAUGGUAAUCUGAUGCGAUAGAAAGAAGGAACUAGCAGACAUUAACCAUGCUCAGUUAGCAAAAGAAUGAGAGUAUUAAAAUCAAGUGAUCUUUAAACUCGGAUAACAUUAUUAUCAUCGCCUACGAUGGCUGCUAGUACUAGUGGUGUAUGCGAUGAGAAAAAGAAAGUUCGUAAAUUGAGUCUAAGUUAUUUGAAAAAUACUUUUCAAAAGAAAUCUGGAAGCUCAAUUUGCGCCGAAACUACAUCAAACGAUGGCAAUAGUAUAUUAGAAAAUAUAAGCCUAGAAGACCGCGAAUUUACGAGCGAAUCAGGUCCGAACAGAGUGACGUCUUCGUCUUCCUGUGAGCCAGAGAGAACCCUCAAAGACAUAAAAUACAAUGAAACCAACAAGGAUAAGCAAAACGGAUUUUUUAGGAACAUUAAAAAGCGCUUACACAUCAAAGAUCUGACACUCUGUAAAUCAAAGCAAAAGAUCAAAGCAAUUGAACCAUCCAGUCCAUCGUACAGUCUCAGCGAUACCUUUAAACUAACUCCGACACAGUUGCCAAUUGUACUACUACAAGAGAAAGAGCUGGACUCGAACAUUACUCAAAAUGGUACAGGCCCAGUGAAUGGCUACUUGCAGCAUACUCAAAAUAUUUCACAAAAUACUUCAAUCGAUGAAGAAAACAGGCUGCAAGAACCUGAGUACAUAUCAUCAGGUGUCGGUAAUGUGGCAGAGCCACAAGCACAGGCUAGUAGUUCAAGAGAAUCUGAGGAAACAAAGCCAGAUUCAGAGAGCAAAAAUGAAAAAAAGUUCAACUUAACGGAGGAGCUGCUCAAGCUCAGUAAGUACGGAUGGUAUUGGGGACCAAUUUCUAGAGACGAGGCCGAUACCAAACUUGCUAACGAACCCGACGGAGCAUUUCUAGUACGAGAUUCCUCUGCUGACAAGUAUCUGUUGACUCUGAGUUUCAAAUCGUCAGGGAAAUUGCUUCACACAAGAGUAGAACAUAGCGGUGGUUUAUUUUCAUUAUAUUAUCAUCCAGAGUGCGAACGAUUUUCUUCGGUAGUGGCAUUGAUAAAUCACUCCAUGAGUUUUAGCCAGUCAGCUGUUUAUUGUUAUUCUCGUCCAAGAUAUCCUGGUCAUCCAGCUUUUCCAGUUAGAUUGACAAAGCCAGUUAGUCGAUUUACUCAAGUCAGAAGUUUACAAUACCUCUGUCGUUUUGUAAUUAGACAAAACACCAGAGUUGAUAAUAUCGAUAAGCUACCUUUGCCCGAUCCUAUUAGAGAAUAUAUAGAAGAGGCUCAUUAUUAAUAUAUUAUAUAUUAUCAUUUAGCAUGCAAAACAAUACAGUGCCUUUGGUAACUGGAGUACAACCAUCCGUAUGUUUGUAUUCCAUUAUUCUCCAAGCUAGCUUUUAUAUAAUAUAUACAUACAAUAUGUAUAUACCCUGAUGAAAAAACUGGAAAACGAAAAA